AUGUUCCUGUUGUAUCCGCAGGGUUUUGCUCUGCGUGAGGUCAUUCGGAGUUACCGGGAGACUGGUUUGGUUCCAGAGGUAAGCGCAGAUUCACUGUCAAAUUAAUGACUGUGUGAUUGGCUGGAGAGCUUAAGGUUGACGAACGUCCCUUUCGCCAGAAUAGACACCCUGAUCCAUUGAGUGCUAAGAGCAUGGCCGGAAGAACAGUAAAACCCCCCAAAGCUGACAUCAGGAAAGAAGAGGCUUUUCAUCAGGGUCCCACUUCAAGUGGACGCGCCGAGGGAACUUGUAAGAAGUAAAUUUGAUAGUGAAUCUGCACUUACCUCCGGAACCAGUCCGGUCUCCUUGUAUUUCUGAAUGACUCCGUGUAGCGCAAGACCUUGUGGAUACAGAAGGAAGACGCCCGGAUUAAUUGGCCUUUUCCAGUCAGCAUCAUUUAUUUUAGCCAUUUCUGUAAAGCUGAUUUUGCGAAAUCCGCCCUUCUUGCUGAUGAGAUAGAGUGGAAGUGUGUCGUAUCUGAUAACUGGAAGGUGCGGAUCUAGACAAUAGCGAAAGCUCAGGUCGUAGGCGCCCUCUCGUGUCAUUUCAUUGAAAAUACUCCACCGAAAUUUGCACAUUGUGGAUGAAACCCGAAUUCUCAUUAUUUCAACAACGUAAUCUGCCCAUCCUCUCAUGAAGUAGACAUCGUAAAGUAUCUUCGUUAUUCCCAGCAGUGCCAAGAUGAGGAUCCAUUUACGAUGAGGCAGUAGGCACUGGGUCAUCACGGCGUAACCUCUUCUCGGUUAUAUCCCCAGCUAAGCUCAGAAUGAUUUAUACAGGGGCGUUAUUGCGUCCUAAGUGUUGCACAACACGUUGAAGGAUGUUUACCGGCGGUUAAAACCCAGCCAAUCAGAGUUGGAACAUGUUCUGUUUAUGCUGUCGACAAUCGAAGGUGUCUAAGUGUAAAACGGAGUCCACAGCAAGCAUCCUCACUGGCUGCCGACUUUUGACGAUCUGUCAUUGAGUCCUAAUUUAGCGGCUGAUAUGCACAUGAGGCCUCAAGCCAGCUCGCUAGCCCCACUUUCCUUCCGAAAUGUACAUCAAGCUGAGGGUUGAAUUCAGUACUCCAAAUCGGGAGAAGGGCAUGAGGUGUUUCUGAAUCCACGGCAUUUUCUGAUGCCUAGCAUCCCCGAGGUUUAAAAGGGGAUGUGCAACCUUGUCUGUUCGCAUGACUGAAAAUGCUACUUUUAGGCUAAUAAACCGACCGCACUCUUAAGGCCUCGCGGGGUUUUCUCCAUUCAAAGUGAAUUGCGUGAUAAAGUAAUCAAGUAGUAUGAAGAAAUCGCCGAUGACCGUCGGAUUGCUUGCUGGUGUAACCAACUGCAGCAGUGAAUAUGCCCUCACCACGCUCGUACCAGAGUACUUGGUGAAGUUGAUGAGGAAAGAUGGAUUACCAAGAGAAAAAAAUCUGAUAGCCAAGUCGAGGUGCACUUUUCGAAAAUUGAGAAUCUACAAAUCCAGUUGUCGGGAAGUUCAACAACAUUUUCUAAAACUGCGGAGCGUACGAGCGGCUGAACAGGCAGUGAUCGAAAGAGUUCUCACCGACCGUGUGCCAGCCCUUUAAGCUUUUUAGGCCCGGCGCGAAGUGUGUGUAUGUCCCCUCCUACUCCUCCUCACCCUCCCCCUCCUCCUCCUCCUCCUCCACUACCCCAGCGACGCUCGCGCUGGCGGCUGUCACGCACAUCAACACUACACGCAACCCUGGACAAGAAACGACACCAACUCUAUAACUUCCGACUCCAGAGGUGGGGUCCAGGACUACACCUGCCCUCACUGCGACCGCACCUUCACCUCACACAUCAGCCUGAUCGGUCACUUGCGAAUCCAUCGCACAGAGGCUGGCGAACCAGUGCCUGGUGCACCAACCUACACCCAUCGCAUUCGCCUUUACUGCCCACACUGCCCUCGAAUCUUCACGCUUUGCAUGGGCCUAUUCGGCCACAUGCGUAUCCACGGAGCACCUGCGGUGGACAACCGCCGGCUGCACUACGCCACCAGUCCCUCCUUCCCCGAAUCACCACCUCACAACACAUCAACACUCUUCCACCGCAGGCAUCCAACUGCCACCUCGCAUGCGAGUGAAACGUGUGCAUCUCGACUCGCCCCCGUGCGGCCUCUGCAGCACAGGCGGCUUGAGUCCGAGACUAUUUUGACAUGUCAGGCGUCGUGGAUAGGAAGGCUGCUGAUUGACGUCCCACUCGGUCCACUCAGUCCGUCCAGUUUUGUGUGUGUUUGUGUGGAGUGGCGGACUGGUGAGCUGGAAGAGGGCUAUAACAGCGCCUUCCACGGUCCUCUCACGCAAGUGAGAGAUCCGCCGUUCAACCCCUAUUGA